AAAGCCGCCAUUUUGAAACUGAACUGAAUAUGUCACUGGAGCACGUUGCACCCUGAGCCUGCGAUGACCUAACGCAAACUCGAUUUGACGAUUUCUCGCCGAAAAACCCCAGAAAAAGAGGGAUUUUAAUUAAGACACUUGGCCUACAGGCUACAGCAUACCUACAGGCCAGUGUAAUAAUCUUAUAAACAAUGACAGUGUUUUCGGUGCAAGCAAAAUUGCCUUCACAUCAAUAUUUACGGCUACUUGGAAAUCUCGAAAAGCUUGGAAAAUGGUCGCCAUUUGACAGUCUCGAAUUACAACCUUCGUCAGCAGACUGCAGGUACAAACCGUACAAUAUAAAUAAUGAAAUUGUCGAUGGUGUUUGCUAUAGAGUGUUUUCAUGUAUGAUUCCCUGGAUCUUGUUGGGAGGCAAAAGUGCCCAAAGAAAGGAGAUCUAUUCUUUUCUCAUGCCAUGUCACCAUGCGUGCCCUAGCAAACACCAUCAACAAUUUCAUCUGGGUAGCUAACCAUAAAACUUUAGUAUUAGGGGCUGUUUUAGUGUUUUAUAUGUACAAGCCGGGCUGGCCUGCUUAGGGGCUGUUUACAUGAGCCGGGCUGGCCCAGUUAACCAGGCUGAAACUUUAUCAUGCCAAAUAUGGCGGGGAAAAGUUGUUUACAUGUUAAAGAUGCGGUACAGUCCGUAUGUAAACAAGGCUUUGUUUACAUUCCGGCACAGAAUAGGAAGUUAUACCAGAAGCGUAACCCUAGUCGUUUCCCUUAUUGUUUGACGUCCACGAAAAUUUUAACUCGCUCACGUCAGGCCACGCCAUCCUGGCUAGUACAGCCGGAAGUUUUUAUCAGGAUUUGGUAGGUACAAAGUGCCGGUUGUACCAGCCAGGAUGGCGUGAUUGAUGACGAAUCGCUUGUAAAAACGCGGACAAAUAUUUGCUCGAGUUACGCUUCUGGUAUAACUUCCUAUUCUGUGAUUCCGGUAUCCAAAAUAUUGAAUUUUAUUCGACAACUAUUUAUAUUUUCAUGAUUCUAGAGUAUAAUAAAUUAUCAAGAGACAACAAUCAAGCUUUGCAAGAACAUAAAAUGAAAUAAAAACCUAAAUAAACUGUUUGUAAAUAAAAAGAGGGCUCCUUUGUGCACAUGCGCAGAUCGGACUGUACCGCAUCUUUAAUACUAGCUGUAAGGUUUGUCACGCAAGUCAAAUGCAUGUUUUAUGGAACUAAUUUUCAAUUUAAAACUAUCUAAUCGACAAGAACAACUUAAUUAAUAACUAUUUGACCAAAAACAUCGAAUCGAUCGAUAUUGUAGCUAUAGUACAGCAGUUUUUUUCGCUAGCCAGGCUACCCGGGCUGGUGACUUUACAUGGGAAAAUUUCAUGUGACUCAAGUGAGAUCUCGGCUAUGCGGACUGGCCCAGUUUACAUGUAAACUAAAAUUGUUUUGUUAAGGGAUUUGUAUUAAGCCGGGUGCCUCAGUUAACCAGGCCAGCCCGGCUAGCCGGCUCAUGUAAACAGCCCCUUAGCAAGACAGUCCGGUAAGUGGGAUGGAUUUCUUUCGUGUUUACAUGGGAAAAUUUGUAAGUGAUCACAAGUAAGUGAUCACUUAUUCGAACCGUCCUGACCGCGUAGCUCAGUUGGAAGAGCAUUGGGCUAGUAUUCCAAAGGUCGUAGUUCGAAUCCCACCAUGGCCGGGCAUAUUUUUCAAGCUCGCCCGGUGUGGAUAUACACUCAGAGUAACAUCACAAAUAUUAUAAUUAAAUUUUGUUAUUAAUCAUAAAUGCAGCCCUCGUUUACCAAACACAGAAAUUUGCAUAAUUUACGUUGCUUGUAGUACUACAAUGGAUACCCUGAAAAUUAAAAAAUGUUCUAGCGAAUAACUUGUGGGGGGUGCAGGGGGUACGCACCCCACCUAGUGUAGUCUAGCACUUCCAUAGAGAAGUCCAGCACCACCUUAAAGAAUCUGGUUGACCACACUGUACAUUUCUUCUUUUCGAAUCGGCGGUGUCUGUUAGCGCAUAUGGAUUUCUCCACAGUUAAUAGAAGUAUAUUAACUGUGAUUUCUCAAAACGAAUUAAUUGAUUUGUGAGCUCACGAGAAAAUAUGUAAUCAUCUGGGUUUGUAUGUGUGUAUGUGUGUAUGUUUGUGUUUGUCUGUGAGCACGAUAACUCAAGAAAUACCAAACAUAUUCAAACGAAAUUUUUUGAAUGCAUUUCCCAUCGGCUAAGGAAGAGGUGAUUAAAAUUUGGUUGAAUUUGGUUAAAAAUUGAACGAGAAAUGAACAUAAGUUUGUCUUGCUUUUCCCGGUCAAUUAAAUAAAACUUGUUUUGUUUGUUUUAUUGUUCUUCUAGAUUAUUACAAAAUUAAAUAAGUUUUGUCUGACGUUUCGGUUUCCUAUACGAAAACCAUUUUCGAAGACUUCGUGUAGCUGACGCAAGAUAAACAUCAACGGAUAAAAUGAACAAACGUUCAAGUCUUCGAAAAUGGUUUUUGUAUAGGAAACCGAAACGUCAGACAAAACUUAUUUAAUUUUGUAAUAAUCUAGAAGAACAAUAAAACAAACAAAAAAUGAAUGAACCUGCACUGUUAAUUUCAGGGAGUUAACUUAACUCCGGUGGAGUUAUACUGUACCUCAAUUAACUCCAAAUGUGGAGUAAAAUUAGGUUCAGAAUAAUACCACUGGAGUUAAAUUAACUCCCUGAAAUUUGCAGUGUGGAUUCAAACCUUUUAAUAAAUAAAACUUACUGAAUGCGUAAUUAGGACGUGUAUAAUUUAUGCACCAGUAUACAGGGUAUAUAAAGGUAUACAAUUGAUGUAAUUUAUAGUAUCUUUUUAGAUUGUAUACAAUUGUAAAUCUCACUUGUGUGAGUGUAAUCUCACUUUGAGUAAGGCCAUUCAAAUUCUAAUAACAAUAGAUUACUUCAAUAGUUUGCGCUUUUUUCACUUCCGAGUAGAGCGGAGGUAUGCAGUCUCUGAGUGCCCUCUAGUUAAAUAUGUAAUGAUGUCGAGUUUGUUAUUAAUAUACAGCCAUAUUUUUAAAUAAACUGUAUUGGAACAAGCAAAUGUACUGCACUUUGCUAUAUCAACUGUACAGUCACGCAUACGUGAUAAAAAGCCGAUACAAACUUUAUAAACAAAACAUAAUGUAAACCGUAACAGAACGGCGAACAUGCAGAUUCAGCCAUCGUUGCAGACUGUAGAGGAGAGUGGGCAGUAAGGCUCCCUCAUGCACCACCCAUGAAAAACCUGCACCUCUCCUUGCAGAUGAGGCAAGAUCCCCCUGGCCCAAUCGAGGGUGAAGCGAAAUCAAUGUUACGUUUUCCCUAUCUCAUCCACAGGCCUUACUAAAAAUUGAGGGAGACGCAAUGAAUUCCCUAGGAGGUCUCAAUUUGCAAACUGCAAACUGAGGUACAGUACUGUAGACGUUUUGCCAUUAUUGGAAAACGGGCCACUUCCUAAAAUAUACACGCUGUGAAUUGAGAUUGGCAAAGUUAUAGCACUUUUCUGAGACUGUUAUUUUUUACUCGGAUUUAAUCCAAAUCCGCUUAAUUUAAAGAUACCAUAACAUUCAGCAUAGCCUGUCGAAGGGAAGAUGGCUGUGAAACUCAUUAGAAUGACAAUAUAACUCAUUAUCUAUGUUAGUCAACGUGUAUUCAUAAAUCUGGUCGUUUCACCGUCACGUGUGUAUUGUAUUUUUACAAAAUCCACCAAUAGCAAUUUCCAGUUUCCCUAUUGUUCGAGUCACGGAUAGGCGACUUUCCUAAAACAUUGGUAUUGGUUAGUUGGGCAAGAAUACAAUACACACGUGACGGUAAAGGACCAGAUUUAUGAAUAAACGUUGACCAACAUAGAUAAUGAGUUAUAUUGUUAUUCUAAGGAGUUUCACAGCAUCUUCCCUUCGAUAGGCUAUGCAUUCAGUUACCAUCAAAUGCCUUUGGAAUUUAUUAUCCAUCGUUAACAUCUAGCUAAUCGCAAACCGUACUUUCAAUGAUGAAUUAUUUUGUCUCUUUCAGCUCACUCAGAACUUGGUCUGUUAACGUCGAUAUCACAGGUGAAAAGAAUGUUUCAUUUCGUUAUUUUAUCUGUGAAAAUGUAAUUGGAUCCGCCCAGAACGCUUUUUCGAUCAUCAAAUGUGGUCCGUGUCUCGAAUUGCCUGGUAGGUGAAAACAUCACACUGUCACUGAUAAGGGACCGGUCAUUAUUGAUGGCGGGAGAUACCUACCGUUCAUUGGUAUCGAAGAGAAAUGUUUUUCUUGGUAAACAUUUUGCUGAUCAAACCAGUAAAGAGUCAUAAAUUUUUUUUAGCCAACCUCAAAUAUAAAUUAAGAAAUAAAUACCCAUCCCUGCCGAAACAUCCUUUACCACAUCUGUGUCACGAUAAUUGCUUAUACAAUUUUCUACAGUAUCGGCUAUAUUAACCCUUUUCUCGUCGGUGCCACCCUCCGCCAUAAAUAAUGACUGGUCCCUAAUGCUCAUCGCUGUGAAUGGGGAAUGCAGCUUUACAAAGUUACAUGAUUGUAUGAAUUUGAAUUCCCAAACUCAAUAAUAACUAGAGGGCACUCAGAGACUGCAUACCUCCGCCCGUUACUCGGAAGUGAAACGCAACCUUGGAAUUUCCUAAGAAAUCCACUUUACAAUUCUUAAGCAUAAAAGAUUUCAGGCCCCCGCGAAUUGAAAUCGAAUUGCUAAUAGAACAUAUUACUGUUGUUGUACUGUACAGUACUUGUAAAAUAAAAACUUAUUAAGUGUCAUUAAAUAAAUGCAUAAAUUUUGCUUUAUGCACUCGCGCGUGCAGUAAUUUUCACAGUUGUGCUAUUUUAAAUUCCCAGGCAGCUAAAAUCUUUUGUCUUUAAAACAAUGUCGAUUUCUUGGGAAAUUCCGAGGUUGCGUUCUUUUUAUACACCCUGUAUUGAAGUAAUCUAAUGUUGUUAGAAUUUGAAUGGACUGGCACUUUGCUGAACGUAAUAAUGCGUAACUCCGUAAGCCUUGUUUUAGACAUUGAAUUUCGGUCGCGUGAAAUGCAACUAAGACAAUAGAUAAUGAAGGCCGAAGCUUAAUGAGGUUUAUCAUCUCAUUAUUGUCUUAGCACUGAGUGCAUAAAUUAUACACGUCCUAAUUACGCAUUCAGUAAUAUUUUUGUUAAUUGACCGGGAAAAGCAAGACAAAAUUUUGUUCAUUUCUCGUUCAAUUUUUAACCAAAUUCAACCAAAUUUUAAUCAGUUCUUCCUUAGCCGAUGGGAAAUGCAUUCAAAAAAUUUCGUACGGAUAUGUUUGGUAUUUCUUGAGUUAUCGUGCUCACAGACAAACACACACACAUACACACACACACACAUACACACACACACACACACACACAUACAAACCCAGAUGAUUACAUAACCUCCUGGCGGAGGUAAUUAAUAAGGGGAACAACAAAAAGUGUUGUGUUUUGGUAUGUGCACGCCUGGGGCCGGUUGUAUAAAAUCAUUAAAUCAAGUGGUAGUUAACUGUAGAUCGGUCAGUAAAGUCAGUUGUAUAGAAAUGUAGUUGGCAUUAACUGCAGAAAAAUGUAAUGAAAAUUGACUGACUAUGCCUUAGGGCUAAGGGUAUUGUUAACUUCCAAAAACGUGUAGUUAAAACAACAUGGCAGUUUUAGGAGUGGUCAACGCGUACACCAUAAAAACAGAUUGGUUAAAACAACCAAUAAUUGGUUAUUUUUGCUGACGCAGCGAGCGAGCCUGAAGCGAGCGAGCAAGUCAGCAGUUCUAAUUCGUAUUGGGCUCUGAAAGUAAGAUUUUACUUCCGUUUCUCCGACCAGAAUGCACUGCUGUUAACCGACCAGAAUGCAUUGCUGUUAGCCGACCGGAAUGCUUUGCAUGCAUGAUGCUAUAAAUACGGGGAAUCUCAUUAGUCAGUUUAUAUAUAUAUAUAUAUAAGCUGGGAACGAUGCAGUUCUUUUGGUGUAUUUUGUAUUUCAUUGUAUAUGCCUGGUCUGUAGAUUUCUGGCUGGUCUUACACUAUAUAUACUGAGUUUGUUUAUUACAAACAAUUUAUAACGCUUAGAAAGCGAAUUUAUGCGUUUGUGCUCUUCGCUUUAUUUUCUUUUGUCUUUCCUUAUUUCAUUUAGUACUUAGCAGUAAAAUCAACAUUGUAUUUGCACGUCUGAAAGCGUUCAUUUCAAGCAUUAAAAGCGAAUCAAUUAUUGUCCAUCAGUUUCACUUUGCUAUAAUUUAAACAGGGUUUAGGUUGUAGACCUUUUGUUUGAAUAUGAUUUGACAAUAAGGUAAUUGACACGGACACAUGGCAUGAACAGUCCGGCAACUGCCAACUAUGUUUAUAGCAUGGCGUUUUAAAAGAACGAUGUCGAUGAUUUGCGUGCCAUUUCAUGGGUUAAUUAAAUGUACUUUGGCUGCCAAAAAGCACACUACACUACUGUAUACUCAGUGCAUACACAACAUAAUUUAAUUUAUACAUGGGCAUUGUUUAAGCAUGCAACGCAGCCAGGGGCAAGUCAGUAGGAUCGUGCAUGGGAUUGAAGUAUGUGCAUUGAAUAUUUUUUAUAAUUGAUCAUGCUUUUGUUAUGUUAGGCAUGUGUCGAAACAUUAAAAACAAUGUCCUCAACUCUACAGGGUAAUCAAAAAACCUGGAAACCUUUAAAGUACAGUACAAUGUUUUUAGAAUUUGCAUGAUUCAGAACUAAUUGAUCCCAAGCAUGCGUAAACACAAUAGUUGACCCAUUCGCAAUCGAACUGACAAUUAGUUUUUUGCAUUACAAAUAACUUUUUGUUAUUCUAAUUUCUAUCGCGGACGCGGUUAGUUAGAAUGUAUGUUCAAAUCCCAGGAGCAAAAUAAGUAGCACAAACAUUGAAAUGCUGGCGAGCAGCAGAAUUAUGCAAAUUAUAGUGUUUGCAGGUUUUUUGAUACACCUGUAGUUUUCGAAGAAACGUGGCUUUAAUUUGACGUCCUUGGAUGCAAGUUUUGCUCCAUGACUAUGUUGUUCGCUAUUCAGUUCUUAAACGAUCGACUUCACUUCAGUAAAAUCAAAAGAAAGGCAACUUGGCGAAGAAGUAUAUUCAAGCGAAGUAAAAUAUCAGCUAAGCACUUUACUUUACUCUUUCUUUAGCCUGGUUCACAUAUACCCGCGGUAUACCUGCGCUAUCAUUGUUCACAGCUUUUCAGAGCAGUUGUUGUCAAUAGCCCGCCAACAUACCGCAGGUGUAAGUAGGUAUAUUGUGAACCGAGCUUUUAUGUUUACUAGCCAUUUAAAAGUCCGUGCUUUAUCAGAUAAAACAUUCGAGCUGCGCUCACGUGUUUUUUUUGUCUGAUAAAGCACUCCUGCUCGCGUUUUAAAUAGUACGUACCGGACAGUCCGCACUCACUGUACAGUUGUGGUCUUGUGAUAGUUUGAAGUAUAUGUGUGGUCUUUAAUAGUGAUACAGUGUAUCGUUGUUGUGUAAUUAAAAGCAUUGGAUAAUCUGUGUGCUCUUAAAAUAAUUAUUGGCUGAUAUUGUGAUCUAUAGUGAAAUGGGUGCAAGUUUCCAUACUAUUGUCGUUCUGAUGUCAGAGAUAUUAGAGUAACGGUAGGAUAGAAAGAUUAAAAAAUGUUUAUGGUUAGAUUCUCAUGUUUCGCGCACAAUACACCCUUUUCAUAAAUGGCUGCCGAUUAAAAAUCCUUUUAUUUGCAUAUAAAUUGGCCCAACUAGCCUCGUACUCAUGUUAAGAUUUCAAAGGAAUUUCUACCCAGAAACGAGUCUAAUUGGGCCAAUUUAUAUGCACAUAAAAUAAUUUUUAAUCGGCAGCCAUUUAUGAAAAGGGUGUAUAAAGCUAGGGUUAGGGAUGGGUUGUGAUUACGGUCAAGAUCAAAGAAAUAGAUUUGCGACCGAAACAAGGAUUUAUUCAUAUUUACAAUAAUGACGUCACAACGAUUAAGUUAGUGUUGAGCUUACUGCCAGUUACGAUGGGUUAGGAGCUCAAGAGAUUGUAUUUAAACUGGGGUGCGUUGUUAAAUUAAUUUGGAAAGAUGAGGCCUUUUUUAUAUAUCGUCAAAUUAAGGAGCAAGUCAGCAUUUAUACUACUGAUAAGUAUACUAGUUAUUGUUUUAACCAAUUUGCUUUUACAGUGUACCUACUGUAGACUUUUCAAUCGCUGUUUUACCUAGAAAGGUUUCUGUGAAAUUUGGUCUUUUUGGCGAAAGCUAUUAAGUAUUAUUAAGUAAUAACUAUUUGCAUUGGAAGAUUUAUCCAAGGGGAUUUCUGCCAAACAUAUACAUUUUAAUUUCACUUAGAUUUAUCACGGAAACCGCGCCUUCUUCAUAAUAUUGAAGUUUUUGGUCAAAAACGUCGUUACGUGUUCAUUCCUCCCUUUUUUUAAUCAAGUUACUGCUACUUCGCAAAUUACGAUGCCAUACAUAAUAAAGUUCAAAAUGUUUGUCAGUGAUUGCUAUUCAAUGUUUACUUUAUGUGGUGGGAUGUUUAGCUAACCCAUAUGACUCCCAUGUACGUGAGGCAUUGGGGUUUGAGAUUAACUUAUACUCGCAUUACUCUUGACUUUCCCGCAUUGUGCUUAGUGCUAGGGCAUUCAAAUUCUAACAAUACGUUAUUUCAAUAGUUUUGGGUUUUUUGGGGACGCCCUGUACAAAACAGACAGACUGACAGCUGUCACAGCUAAAAUUCAAAACUAUACAAAACAGAUAUAUCAUGAGCUGCAGAGUUAAAAUUAGAAGAAAAGCUAGAAGAAAAUUAAGUUGGAGUGUUAUGUGAACAGUUGUAGACGUUCUUUACUAGCUUUAAGUCCAGUGUUAAGAAAAGGUUUGUUGGUUGAUUAGCAUUGCUUCAAGAAAAGCGAGAAUGUUGUAGCUGUUAGAUUUAGUUAUGUGAAGUAUUCUGUAGUUACUGAAAACAAGGUUUUCAAUAGGAGAAGGUUUGUCAGAAAGCAAUCAUGGAAGAUCGUUGAGUAAUGUGAACUGGUCUUGACUUAAUUGUAGCAAUCUCGUACCCAGAUCCAUCGUACGUUAAUUGGCUCUGGGUACGAGAUUGGUCUUGUAGAGUAGUUAAAUUGUCGGCUGGUCAUGUUUUUUUAAACACCCCCCUGGUUUACACAAUUUGAGUUCGAGUAUUUUUUUUCAUUCUACAUUAUGGGUAUUCAAGGAAUCUAUAUAUAACAAAAACAUGAUAACACGAGCUGUUUUGCGAAAUUGAUAGCAAUUUCAAAUCUGUUCAGUUUUUUUAUAAACCCUGGAUCUCGACACGUGCAGAAAUAUUUUAAAGCAUAAUGAAAUAUUCGUAAAAACAUUCGUAAACAUAAAAUUACUUCGAGUCUUCGUGAAAAAUUCCAUUUAUUUUUUCACGCUAUGUAUAUACACUGCUGCAAGGAAAAUAUCUGAUACUGCAAACACUGUUUUUUAAUUCAUAAUCAUUGAAAGUGCUUUCAACUGUUUUGUUAGUAAAACAUAAACAAUUUUCACUUACCUUUACGACUAAGCUUUAAAAUUAUUGCAUCUUGAAAUAUUGAGUAGUUCUUAAGCAAAAUUUUAAAUUGAUGGCAAUUCCAUGCGGUACACCAAAUAUGGUCACGAGUUCCAUACGGACAAGUGCUGAACUCUCUCACUACUGCUGAAUACAAUUUUUUGCUGAAUACACAAUACAGCAAAAAUCUCCCAUACCUGAGAUUAGGAUGCUUUCAGCUCGCUUGCUGCAUGGUCGCAAUUACAACCAAUAUUUUUGUACUAUAGGUGCCGCUAAGAACCUAUUGCCGAAAAGCUGUGCCACGCUGCCUGUGCGCAUACCAUAUGGCCCUGCUGAAAACGUAUAGCCCCAAUACUCUGUCGGCGGUUAAUUUCCUGUGUAUUAUGCUCUUCCUUUCCCUUGCUUGUUACACGUAAUUUUCUAGUAUAUUUCUGUUGGAUGCGCGUGUCCGUUACAUGGUGGAUAUGACAGUUGAACUAAGCAACAUGCACUACAUUGUUACAUUAUCUCAAUGGGUAACAGCCAGGAUUUCUAAAUUGAGAAAUACGGUUGAUACUCCACAAGGAUGAUUAUCUGAGCCAUCCAAUAGUGCCUUAAUUUGAACCCUAAUCUAGAAACCCCGACUCUAACCCUAAUUUAACCCUCGACUCUAACCUGUAACCCUAAUCUAACCCUACUAUAUGUCCAUAAUCUAACCCUGACCUUAAUCUAAACCUGAUGACUUUUUUUAUCUAUCCCACCCCUGCGCGCCCAGCCUCCCAUUUAAGGCCAUUGGUAGGGAUGCCACUACCUGAAAAAUUUAAGGAGAAUUUCGACGUUUCGAGCGAAGGGCCUUCGUCUGGAUAGCUUGUUUAUAUUAUUGGCAGUACCUACAAUGGCACAGUAUUCUCUUCAGCGAGACUACACCGAAACUCCGUUAUUUUUCACUUGAAGGAGUGGGGGGAACCGCCGGGAAUGGUAAACUAUUGUGAUAUAUGCAGUCAAACAUUUCAAAAGAAAAAUGGCGAGAAAAGCUAUAAGUGCAUGCAUGAUUGGUCCUCGGUUAUAACUGAGUUUCGGAUGUUAAAAUUAAAAAACAUGGCACCAAUGUAAUUUCCAUAGUUUAGUAUGGAAGUUUAGUAUUAUCUUGGUUUCGUUUUAGUGUUGGAUGAAAUGGUUGGUGGUAUAUUAGACAUAAAUGGUAAGAUUGUAUCACUUGCAUAUUUAUCAAUUUAUACCAUUCUAUAAUUUUUGAAUAAAAACUAUUAUAUGUUAACUACAAAAAAGGGACGGUGAAAGUUAAUAUGUUUUAGAAGAAAAUUGUGAACAAAAGAAUUCCUCCAAAGAACGGCUAUACUAACAUUUUAACGGCAUUUCACUUGAUAUAAAUAAGAAAAUGUUUUUGACAAAGUAAGGUCAAACUCCUCUUAGAACAGGUAAAAUGUAUGGCAGACAACCACAUACACAUAACGAAAAUUGAAUCAAUUUGGAUUGCAUACCGGUCUCAUGAGGGAAUAUGUGUUUCGUCAUGCUUGCAGUAAAAAUCACUGACCUCAAUUUUUGAUAAAUUGUUCAGAAAAGAAAUUAACAGUUCCUACAAAAAGGCAAGGGUAAGUCAAACGCCCCACCACUAAGAAACUAACAAACUAGUCUACAAGUACAUUAAAAUUGCGUAAACAGGAAUGAGGGUGGUAAAGUUGAUAUCAAUCUGAAAUUCGUUGUUCUAUUGCUAUCAAAGCGAUGCGUAAAAUGAACUAAAUGUGCAUUCUGUUAUAGAUAUAUACCGCCAUUCCUAUGUCCGUUUUUCCACGUACUAUAUUCAUGUGACCAGAAAAUUCGGGUAAAAAGUACCCACUGAUGCAUGUGUUCCGAUGUACUAUUUCGUCUAUUUUUAUAAAUUCUAUGUGCAAGUCUUGAUUGUCAAUAAUUCCUUUUCUUACCAAAACCCUAUAGAAAUGUGAUUACAUUCGUAUGCCUAUUUUAUUUAGAAUGGGUAGCUAUUAUUGGCAGAUCAUGUUUAGAUUGCUCCUUGCCAGCAAUUUCAAUGCAUCCGCGGUUAUCGUUAAAACAACAUGCUUUGUUUACAUUGUUAGAUCCAACAUGGUGUGAUGGUUGGUUGUUGUCUGACAUUGAGGUUUACCUGAACAUACAUGAUGCUAGUGGUUUUCCCAUCAAUCUCUUUAAGGGGGAUUGUUCACCUGAUUCUGAAACUGGAAAGUACGUAAUUAAAGUUAUGGCGAUGGAUAUGGACAAGGUAAAAUGUAAAGUUUAGAAACAUUUGUUGUGUCUGCAGCUCUUGGGGAUACCCCUGCCCGCCAUAUGGUGUUGUGCCUUUUGUAGUACUUUUUUAUGACAAUAUUGAAACAGAAAGUCCGUUUCUACGAAAACGUGCUAAAUAAUAUUGCUAAAAAUAUUGUUAAAUUAAUAAUUGAGUUUAAGUUAUAUAUAUUAUCAAGGCCGAAGCUAGGUACCAAUCCUAUUAUCGCAUGCUCGUCGUUUGAUGGUAUAAUAUGUGUUUCUUAUUUAGGGUCAGAGAUGUUUCUCUUGCAGAAAUGCGUCGAAUGUAAAUGUGAAGGUAUAUAGAGUAAGACAUUUCCUACACGUCUUUUGGAAGCUAAAAGUAGAGCUUGGACGGUUGAAACUGGUUAAAAAUUUAUUUUAAAAAUAUUAAAAUAUCAGAAGACGUUUCGGUCAAACAACUAAGACCUUCGUCGGUUCUACUAAAACGUGAAACUACGUCUAUAUUAUAUAGGUUACAAACAAUUAUCUUGAACAAAUUGGUAGCAAUUUAGCAUAAUUUUUUGUAACCUAUAUAAUAUAGACGUAGUUUCACGUUUUAGUAGAACCGACGAAGGUCUUAGUUGUUUGACCGAAACGUCUUCUGAUAUUUUAAUAUUUUUAAAAUAAAUUUUUAACCAGUUUCAACCGUCCAAGCUCUACUUUUAGCUUCCAAAAGAUGUCUUCCACUGGUUGCAAUUUUAACAUUUUUCGAAUUUCCUACACGUGUCUCGUUUUGUGUCAUCAUACUACACGCAAUACAUUAUGUCAAUGUAUGGUCAAGAAAACGCUCCCAAAAUGACAUCAUUAGGAGUUAAAUCUUGAUUGGAGCUUGCUCUGUUGUUUAACUACUCGUAUAAUGAUGUACGAAAGCUUAUUAAAACUAAAUUAAAUCAAACCGUUAAAAAGCAGAUGUAAUCGUUAUUUAGAUCGUUGGUGAAUAUAAUUGUACUGUUGAAAAUCAGGGGGAAUCUGGAGUUAGCUACGAUCCAUCUAAGCAUUAUUCCUUUGUCACACGUGUGCUGGAUUCAAAACAUAUGGUAGGCCUAUGAUACAAUAUUUAGUGGGUAAAAUGAACAUGCAAAUUUACAAUUUUUUAACUUAAGCAGGAUCCUAUACAGCCAAGUUUUUGCAAUGAAUUUUUAGAAGAAUAUUUUUAUGAAAUGCUGUUUCGCUACGAUUGAUAAGCAUAAUUGCAUAUAGUAUGUCACUGUCAUGUAAGUUGUAUAGAAAUUCGUGUGUAUAAUAAAGCUUCGAGGUAAUGUGAAGUGAAUUACAUCAUGCUGUUUCUGUAAUGUAAAUGAUUUGAGUCAAUAGGGAGUUUACGCAUGUAAGACGGGAACGUCAGGACGACGGCUAUCAAUACAAUGUCAUUAAUCCUAUAGCACAAAAGAAAUGAAUAAUUAAACGCAUAGCUGGAAUUUCAGACGUUGUCCAGGCUCUGUUGACGACGGCCAAAUGCAUAUUUUCACGUCUUGUAAAGAACGCCAGCAUUUAAAGCUGUGGCAGCAAUUUCUAUAGCAGAGUUGAUCAAAAUUCCUUUGAAGGUUAAAGCUCUGUUUUACUCGUUCUAAACUGUAUUAAAUUCAUACGAAAGUAAAUACAAGACAAUAUUUCCACACAAUCAUUUAUUUCAAACAGUUUUUUUUAUAGCCGUUGUCCUGACGCCGCCGUCUUACAUGCGUAAACUCCUUAAUAAUAGAGUGUGCACAUGUCACUCUCAUGCAGAUCGAGAAUAUGCCCAUUCCCAUGUUAAGCUCCCGUUGGUACAACUCUAGACAAAUGGAAUGCAUUUUUAAUAACUUGUUAGCUAUACGCAUGCUCUUAAUUCACAACACUAAAUUAGUUUCUUGGAAUUACCAACGACCACAAAUGCUUAAAAAUAAAACAAUUUUAUUGUUUACAACGUGUCGGUGUGUUACUCCAUCUUCAAGUUAUAAAGAUUGCCGUUUUUUUUAAAAAAGUGUUAAAAUUGUUUUAUUUUUAAGCAUUUUUGGUUGUUGUUAAUUCCAAGAAAUUAUACAAAAUUAGUUAAUUAACGCGGGCGUCAGUGGUGCAAUUAUAAAAUUUCGCGAAGAAAAUAUGAUACAUUAUUCGUAUUGAAAUUUCUAUCAAUUUUUGUAUUGUUUGAGAACAUAUCGUCAUGCAUCGUACAAUCCUGUUCAAAAUCAUCUGCACAUCCUCUGUGGCUUUUUCACUAUUACUCUGACUUUUACUAUAUGUAUAAUUAUUUACAUGUUUGCCCCCUCCGCCCCCUAAAACAAUGUUGGACGCAUUACAAUUGCUUUUCUCGUACAUAUACUUUGAUCGCUGAACCGUAACUGUUCGCAGAGAGCCACACAACUAUUUUUUAUGAUCGAAUUUAGUAACGCUGCAAAAUAAAAAAUAAAUAGCCACUCUAACUGUAAACAAUAGUUAGGUAAUCCUUUUAACAAUCUUCUGACGGUUUGAUAUUUUCAUUCGUAAAUUUAUCAAUUGUGUAUAUCACGUGUAAAUAGAAGUAGACUGAACUUUCCCCUGGAUCAAGACAUUCAAAUAUUCAAUAUGUCGUUAGUAGCAACUACAUAAAAAAUAGCAUCUGACAUGCCACUUUCAAUAUCAUGUCUUUUUAGGUGUUCAAAGUUGAAAUUUAUCUUACGGAUGGCACUUCAGAAGGAAAAAUCAAAACAAUUGGCAAAGGUUUUAUUCAACCAAUUGAUUUAAAAAGCAGUUGUGGUAUUAUAGAUGUUGGUUUAGUGCAUAAAGAAUCCCCAGUUGGUUCGUUGCAAGGUACUCUCUAGUAUUGUCGAUUGUAUGGUUUAAAAAGACUGCAGUGUUCAUUGCAUGCAUUCUUCCAGCAAAUGGCUAUAUAUUGGCCGCACGUGAAAAAACUAUAGUGAAAACGAUUUAAACAUUUCGAGAUAUAUUCUGUUCUAUUUAUAUUCGAGAGGUUCAGAUUUGACUUAAUUAACCAAUCAGAUGCGUUUAAUAUAUCCCAUUAACCAAUCAGAUGCGUACUAAAUAAUCUUGUGAGAGGUAGUGGAUGUAAAAUCUGAACCUCUCUAUUACAAACAUUGUAGCAUUUAAAUACAUGUAGAUGAAACUUUCACUGUACUUGGGAUAUCUGCACGAGGUCUCAUCAAAACGGUUUGUGCCUAUAUAGAUUGCACGAAAUUACUUUUUCCCAUUUUAUUACAGUAAAAUUGUACUCUUCUCAGUAACUGUCUGCCAAAAAUCUGUGUAGUACUAUAUUUGACAUCCUAUAAAUUACUAGGCCUAUAUAUUUGACAUCCUAUAAAUUACAUGUUAAUUAUAAUAUGAUUGGAAUAUUUUCAAAUAUACAGUGGAAUACCUUAUAAUCAAACCCCUGGAAGACAAAUUUCUUCACAAUAUCGAAGACUGGACGGACAGAAACUGGCAGAAUGCAGGCAGAACAUUGCACAUGGGACACCGUGGUUGUGGAAGCACAUUCGGAUCAGGAAGGUAUUGA